AUGUCACCUCAUGAAUUCUUCCAAGUAAUUCCUUUGGGACACGUGGUAGACUUUCCACAGCUCCUUAACUCCGCAUAUGUCACUGGUAGACUCGCGACACUUCCUGAACCCCAAGUUCACUUAGGCCACGUGGAUGAUGUCCACAUUUGUUUAUUUUCCUGUAUAAAUUUAGGAAAAUCGCAACGAUAUGAAGGUGAUGCUUGCACUAUUGAUGGAUUAUCUGGAAGCUGCAAACUUCUAAAAAAUUGCGCGCCAGCUAUUGUAGGGUUAAGAAAUGGAAAAUAUCCACAAAUGUGUGGUUUUUCAAAUCUUGAUCCAGUAGUAUGCUGUGUUUCUGAAGGCUCAGCAAUUAUUACAACUACUCAAAGUACAACAUCAAAUAAUAACCAGAGAUCUUUGGAACGGAACGAUCGAACUAGCACGGAGUCCAGCCUCAUCGAUUCAAAUAAUCGUUCUAACAAUGAUCCAGAUACUAAAGUUGGUAGCAAAGCUCGAGCAAUGUGUGAGGAAUAUAGCAAAUAUGUCUAUGAAUGGAUAACACCACCAGUUCAAACUAUUAAUUUCGGUAAAGUAAAAGUAAAUAGAUGUGCACAUAAAGUAACUGAGUUAGUUAUCGGAGGACAGCAUGCUGGCGUUAGAGAAUUUCCACAUAUGGCCCUCCUAGGUAUGGGAGAAGAGAAUUCAAAGAAAUGGACAUGCGGUGGUACAUUGAUUAGCGAUGAAUUUGUUUUAACAGCCGGGCAUUGCGUAUUUUCACCACAAGAUGGAGAAGUAAGAUGGAUUCGUCUUGGCGAAAAUGAUAUUUCAAAUGAAGGAGACUCAGAAACACAAGAUUUUUCUGUUGCUGAAAUUAUCAAGCAUCCGCAAUAUAAAGCUCCUUCUCGUUACCACGAUAUUGCACUAUUACGGCUCGACCGCAAAGCUAUCUUAAAUAAGUUCGUGAUACCAGCUUGUCUUCACACGGAAUUUAAUAUCAACCAUCAAAAAGCGAUUGCUACUGGUUGGGGAAGAACAGAAUACUUAGGUUCCACGAGCCAACAACUGUUCAAGGUUACUCUAGAAAUGUUUUCACAAGAAGAAUGCAAUGAAACUUAUUCAGCGUUUGCAUCUAGUCGUAGAUUAAGGUCUGGAAUUGUUCCAGAAAGUCAAAUGUGUGCUGGCCAUCAUAGUGAAAUGAAAGAUACUUGUCAGGGUGAUUCGGGAGGGCCUUUGCAAACGUAUCUUGAAGUUCCUUAUUGCAUGUACGAUUUGAUCGGAGUUACUUCCUUCGGUAUAACUUGCGGCGUCGUCGGCAGUCCAGGUGUGUAUACAAGAGUAUCUGAGUAUUUGCCCUGGAUCGAGCAAAUCGUUUGGGGAUGA